AUGCUCCUCCUUCCACCCACUGUCCGCCCGUCUCUCACCCCAGUCCCUCCGUCACUACUUUGCACCGCUCACAACCCCUCCUCUUCAGCCUCUCCCCGUCUCCCCCUCCCCCAACUCUUGCUGGUUCUGCAUGGGGCCACAUGGCCGGGUGAGCUUCACCGCAUACAACCCCUCCUUUUCCGCCUAUCCCUUUCUCUUCACUCCCCACCAGUCCUGCACGGGGGGCCAGGCGCGGGGUGUUGGCCCAACCACGCGCGCUUCUUCGACCCGGCAGCGUACCGCAUCGUGCUGUGCGACCAGCGCGGAGCAGGCAAAUCCACCCCUGCAGGGUGCGUGGUGGAGAACCGCACGGACCUGCUCGUGGGGGACUUGGAGGCAGUCAGAGAGCACUUGAAGGUGGACAGGUGGGCGGUGGUGCUGGGCGGCAGCUGGGGCACCACGUUAGCGCUAGCAUACGCGCAGGCGCACCCGGGGAGGGUGGCGGGCAUGGUGCUGCGAGGGGUGUGCCUGCUGCGACGCAGAGAGAUCGACUGGUUCUACCGCCCGGGUGGGGCAGAGGCACUCUUCCCAUUCGCAUGGCGGGACCUCAUGGCCGCGCUCCCCUCGCCUGCUCCCACACGCACAGAUGGCGAUGGGAAUGGGGUUGGGAGUGGAGAUGGGAGUGGUGGUGGGAGUGGAGGUGGUAAUGGGGUAACAAGUGGGAGUGUGGUGGCGGUGUUCUACGAGCGACUCAUGAGCACCGAUUCAGCCGCGAGAGACAGUGCUCUAACAUCCCUGUCAGUAUCAUCCCAUGUUCCCGCCUACCUGCCAUCACCAUCCCACGUCCGCACCUCCCUGCCCACAUCCCCACCAGGCGCGCGCUUGGACGCGCGGGGAGAUGAUUCUCAGCCACUUCCCCAGCCCCUCCCCUCUCCUCCACCCCACCAGGCGCGAGCAUGGAUGAGACCCGGUGCUACCCCUCCUAUCCCCCCCUGCUUCUCCUCCUUUCCCCCCGGUGCUACCCCUCCUUCCCUGCUUCCCCCCAUCCCCUUCCCUGCUUCCCCCCAUCCCCUCCCCUUCUUCCCCCCAUCCCCUUCCCAGCUUCCCCCCAUCCCCUUCCCUGCUUCCCCCCAUCCCCUUUCCUGCUUCCCCCCAUCCCCUGGCACCCGCACUCUCACUCUCCUUUCCUCCCGCACUCUCUCUCUCCGUCCUCUCCCACUCGCACUCUCCUUCCCCCCACCCUCUGCCCAGUUGUCACCUGCCCUCCCAAUGCCUGCCUUUCCCUCCCUGCCCUGCGCUUUCCUUCCCCAUCCCUUCUCAACCCUUCCCUUCCUUUUCAUGCCCUCCCCUUCCCCCUCACUCCUCACCUUCCACCCUCUAGUUCCCAUGCACAGGGGGGAAGGAAGGGUGAUAUACCAGUUUGCGAUAAAUUCCCCUAAUUUCCCCCCAAUCCCCCCUCCGCUCCCUCUCAUUCCCCCCUCUGCUCCCUGUCAUUCCCCCCCCCCCUGCUCCCUCUCAUUCCCCCCUCUGCUCCCUCUCAUUCCCCCCUCUGCUCCCUCUCAUUUCCCCCUCUGCUCCCUAUCAUCCCCCCCCCCCCCCCCUGUUCCCUCUCAUUCCCCCCUCCGCUCCCUCUCAUUCCCCCCUCUGCUCCCUCUCAUUCCCCCCUCUGCUCCCUAUCAUCCCCCCCCCCCUGUUCCCUCUCAUUCCCCCCUCUGCUCCCUGUCAUUCCCCCCCCCCUGUUCCCUCUCAUUCCCCCCUCUGCUCCCUCUCAUUCCCCCCUCUGCUCCCUCUCAUUCCCCCCUCUGCUCCCUGUUAUCCCCCCCUCCGCUCCCCAUAAAUUACAGCUCUGCUUUCCCAUCAAUUCCCCUACUGCACCAGGUCAAUACAGAACCCCCUCUGCUAUAA